UGGCCCAGGCUCGGGGUUCUGGGCUGAGGGAGCGGGACGGAAGUGAGCGGGUCCCGCCCCUUCCCCCUCUCUUUGCUGGAGCCGCUGCCGCCGCCGCUGCCCGCUUUCCGGCGAGCCGGAGUCUCCGUGCCGUACCCUUGGUCCCCGGCCGCGCGGAGCCGGGAUGCACUGCUCCUGCUGUGGGUUCUCAUCAUGGAGACCAAACGGGUGGAGAUUCCCGGCAGCGUCCUGGACGAUCUCUGCAGCCGAUUUAUUUUGCAUAUUCCCAGCGAGGAAAGAGACAAUGCUAUCCGAGUCUGUUUUCAGAUUGAACUUGCCCAUUGGUUUUACUUGGAUUUCUACAUGCAGAACACACCAGGAUUACCUCAGUGUGGGAUAAGAGACUUUGCUAAAGCUGUCUUCAGUCACUGUCCAUUUUUGCUGCCUCAAGGUGAAGAUGUGGAAAAAAUUUUGGAUGAAUGGAAGGAAUAUAAAAUGGGAGUACCAACAUAUGGUGCAAUUAUUCUUGAUGAGACACUUGAAAAUGUACUACUGGUUCAGGGGUACCUAGCAAAAUCAGGCUGGGGAUUUCCAAAAGGAAAAGUAAAUAAAGAAGAAGCUCCUCAUGAUUGUGCUGCUAGAGAGGUCUUUGAAGAAACUGGUUUUGAUAUCAAAGAUUAUAUUUGUAAGGAUGAUUACAUUGAACUUCGAAUCAAUGACCAGCUUGCUCGUUUGUACAUCAUUCCAGGAAUUCCAAAAGACACAAAAUUUAACCCAAAAACCAGAAGAGAAAUUCGGAACAUUGAGUGGUUCUCCAUUGAGAAAUUGCCCUGUCAUAGAAAUGAUAUGACUCCAAAAUCCAAACUUGGUUUGGCACCUAACAAAUUCUUUAUGGCCAUUCCCUUUAUCAGGCCAUUAAGGGACUGGCUUUCUCGGAGAUUUGGAGAUUCCUCAGACAGUGACAAUGGAUUUUCCUCUGUUGGUAGCACACCAGCUAAACCCACUGUGGAAAAAUUGAGUCGAACCAAAUUCCGCCACAGUCAGCAGUUAUUUCCUGAAGGUUCUCCUGGUGACCAGUGGGUGAAACACAGGCAACCACUGCAGCAAAAGCCAUAUAAUAAUCAUUCUGAAAUGUCUGACCUUUUAAAAGCAAAGAAUCAAAGUAUCAGGGGAAAUGGCAGAAAACAGUAUCAGGACUCACCUAAUCAAAAGAAAAGAACAAACGGGGUCCACAGCCAGCCAGCCAAGCAGCAGAAUCCCUUGAUGAAAUGUGAAAAAAAACUUCAUCCACGAAAACUUCAGGAUAAUUUCGAAACAGAUGCUGUAUGUGAUUUGCCUUGCUCCGGUGAAGACCAGUUGCUAGAACAUGCUGAGGGACAGUCUGUGGCAUGUAAUGGUCAUUGCAAGUUCCCCUUUUCAUCCAGAGCCUUUUUGAGUUUUAAAUUUGACCAUAAUGCUAUAAUGAAAAUCUUGGACCUCUGAUAGCAGCAGAUGUGUUGUGGAAGUCCCAAGAUCAGAGACCUGUUGCAUUUGAGUGGGUGUCUCUUUGAGCCUUACCUUUCUCAGGUGUUUUAAAGAAAUGCAGGGAGGCAAUGAUGUUUCUGAAGAUAUUGUUCUCUGUGCAGAAGAGAGAGUAGAAAGAAACAUGAGUUUGCACUGUAAAUGCAGUUAAAACCUUUUAUACAGAUGUACCUUUUCAGUGUUUGGCCAACGAAUUUAAGUUGCUUUUUAUCAGAGCAUUUUUUCUGUGUGAUUGUGGUUUUUAUUUCAUGUUCUGGUCAAGAAAAUAGUAUUUGAAUCAUCAUCAUCAGGUAGCCAAUAUAAUGGGAAUGCUCCAUCUAUCCAUGACAGUGAUUGCAAUAAGAGUUUCCUUAUAUUGACAUUUUUAAAAGAAACUUAAAAUUCACAAAUACUAAAUGAAUGCAAGAACUGAAAAUGUCACUGAAGUCAAGAUUGCAGGUCAUCUGCUUUGGUGGCAUUUUGCGCAUUUCUCUGCUUCUAACCACUUAGGUUCUCUAAUCCUCCUCUGCUUGGAGAUUUGUUGAAAGGUUAUUUUUAGAGCCAGCAUCUACUAUGUAAUGUUCAUGUUAAAAACGAACUCUUAGCACUUCAUUAAGGGACAAAGUCCUCAGCCUGGAGAGGGACUGAGUUGGUUGGGUGGGGAGUGGACACUCUACUCUGACUUGGCAUUGAGAGCCUUGUGCAGUCAGUGAUCAGUGAACCUGCUGGGGAGCAGCGAAUCCAGGGCCUGGCAACUGCUUUGGUCUUGUCUUCACUGUCCUGCCAUCAGUCCUUUAGUAUUGUACAAUGGUUUUGUUCCUGUGAAAAUUUAUUUUCUGUUGUGGCUGUGUAAAUAUGAAUGGAAUACUGACAUUAUUAAGUUUUACAUCACAUCUUGGUAUUGAUCUCUGGAAACUGAUGUAUUAGGUUCCAAUUUUCAGUAGUAGCAGAAACAUGCUUUUAUGGGCAUGCUGAAGCCUCUGGAUGAAGGGAAGGGGCAUAUGGUUCAGGCAAGUACAAGUAAAGCAUUUCAAUAGGGGAGGAUCAGAACGUGAAGGUAGCAUAUACAGAACUCAUUCCUGGCACUAGAUUUUGCUCCUUCAGGAUUCUUAAAUCUAAAUAAGGGUGGCAGUGCCCAUUUUAAGAAGGAUUUCAGCUCUAAUUGAGGACAAUCACCAGGGCUUUAAAGGGGUUUAGUGUUUGGGCUGCCUCUGACCUCACUGAAGGUAUUUCUUUUGAGGGGUGGUGUGUGAGCAUAUGUGUGCGUGUGCAUCUGUCAUGUGGGUUUUAAAAAUCUUUUUUUACAUGUGGUAUCCACAAAAUAUAUCUCUGCUUGUAAAUUUUAUUAUAGAAAUCUUUAUUCUGUAUAGAUAGCCUAUUUAAUAGGGAUUCUAUAUAACCCAGUGGGACUUUCAGAAGAAGUACUAUUGUAAGGAAUUCACUUGGUAUUUCUUUGCUUUAGCUUUUAAAUGGCUUGAUUUUAAAGGAGAAAUUCUAUUUAUUAAUAAAAGUGUCACCCUCUUGGUGCUAAGCAGGAGAAUUCACAAUUAUAGCAGUGUGUUUAAAAUGAGGUUUUUCAUAAUCCUGCAUCUUUUAAUGUGAUGAACUUGUGAAUCCUUCUGUGACCUUUUUUAAAAUGCAUUAUAUGACUGCUUUUGGAAGCUCUUACUGUUCUUUCCAGAAAUACAGCUGCUUUGCUUGGGUCUCCUUGAGCCAUAUUUAUAGUUGGUCCCAGCAUUCCAGAUUUCUGUUAAAUUGUUAGGCGAGUAAAAACUUAGUUUGCCUCGCAGGUAAAUCAUUUUCACUCACUUACUGUCAUCUGGAAACCAUACAAUUUCAGUGAUUGUGUGUGUGUGUGUUGUUGUUGUUUAAUUUUUUUCUAUUUUAGUCAGUUUUUCUGGUGCCUAGAGUUGGGUUUUUCAGCUCUAAAUAUGAAAGCAAAAGAGAUUAGAGUUAGUUACCAGAAGUAUGUCCUCUAAAGGUGUGGUGAGCCUUUUUAAGAACCAACAGAUUCUCUCUUGUCAAUUACAGCAGUUUAACAAUAGUUAAAUGUUAUUGCUGUUGUGCUGCUUCAUUUAAUGCACUGUGGAACAGAAUAAGGGUAUUGUUGGGAUGGGAUUUUGGUAACUUGAGGCUUUUAGCUGUGUUGACAGUUUGAGAUAAAAAGAUGUGAGUUAAAGUUUAUGUGUGUGAUAUGACUUAACUAUGCAGAAAAUAUAUAAGUUGGGUGUACCUGUUUUAUGUACAUCUGCUAUACUUACUCCCUUGAACCUGUGUAUUUCUCAGUGUUCAGGUUACCUUGAGAAAGGCCAUGCUUAGCACAGAACUGGAUUUCUCCUCUGAGAAAUUAUAGCAUGGUUUGAAGGAAUCAAGUGAUAAAGCAGUGUGCUGAAUAUGCAAUAAUUUACUUCUGUGUGCUGCAUUUUAAGAAGCUAGAUGAGAAGAGUAGUUGUGUUGGCUUCAUUAUGUUUUAUGUCUUUGAGAGAAAAAUAGGUCCUUGAGUCCACUUUUUAAAUGUUCUUAUGUUCCAACCUUACAUGUUCCAAGGUUCAGUGCACUGUGAAUCUUUUUUUUUAAUUUUGUAGGUGCUUUUAUGUAUAACUGUAAUGAUUUGUAGGAUGUUAAGUGAAGUUUUUUGUACUUAACCAUUGUUAUCCAAAAGGUAGGGAUAUAAUUUACAUGCUUUCACAAGCUUUUUGUUAAGAAAGAGCAAAUGAAUGCUUUUAGGAUUUCAACCAGUGACACUCUCCUGAGACAGAAAUUGAAUGAAACCCUUAGCAUGGGUAAAAUUUGAAGAGGUUUGAAACUUAAGUUGGAUUUUCAUGUUAAUAUAUAAAAACAAGUCUCCUGUGCUGUCAAAGGAUUUGUGGUCACUGCUUGCUGCUUUGAGCUUUGGAUAUCCUUAUUUUUCUAUUAAAUAUCAAUUAGUAAGUGCAGAUAAUGAAGAUGUAUAGCAAAAUACAGCAAAAGUAAUUAUAUGCUGUAAGAUUGGGUAUUUUGUCUUUUAAGGCUUUAGUAGUUUUGUGUAAUGUCAAAUAAAAAAUUUCAAAUCUAAGUGAAUGGCAUCCUUCCAUAGGAAUUAAAUUUAAAUUUUAUUAUAAAACUCAACAUAUUAUGGUGGUCAUUAGAAAAAUUCAGGUCUAAGUGCAUGUAUGCAUUAAAAACAUUUUGUUACCUAAUUCCCUUCCCCCCUCCUUUGGUUUCCAACAGGAGUUAACUUGAACAGUAAGGAGCAAAGUCGAUAUAAAAAUUAGACUGCCAAAUUACUUUUCUUACUGUGAUAAUAUAUUGUGGCUUUUUAUCUUUAUUUUUGUACCAGUACUUCUCUCUGCCUGUUCAGAGAUUGUGUUUUGAUUGACAUCUAUUGUGUCUCUGUAUUCUCUGAGGCAGUGUUUUCUUUGCAUAUUAAUCAUAGUUACAAGGUCAAAUUCAUUAACAUGUUUCUGAUUGAAGAAAGGUGUUACUUAGUGAUUUUGACUCGGAUUAUAUUCUGGCCUGGGGAAGGGGCUCAUAUGUAUUGUUUUAACUUCAGAUUAGUGAUAAGCAAGACUUAUUUUGUCUGAAGGUGUCAAUAUCCUUUUCCUUUAAGUACCUAUCUCUGGGUAAACAAGUGUUAGUAAAAGUACAGUUUUGUUAAACCUUGUUUUUGAUAGUUGGAUAAAGCCUGGCUAGUUCCUCAUUUUAUGUUCUGUCCUAAGCCUUUAAAGUGCAUUUGUAUAGUUGCCGAAAACUCUAAAAAUGAGAUUAUGAUGGGCUUUCUCAGCAGCUUUUUCUACCUAGAAUUGAGUUGCUCUUGAAGUUUAUACUCCUGUGUCAUAAAGAUGGCAGAUUGCAAAUAGGCAGUAAAGGCUCUUUCCCGUGCUUGCAAAAUAGAGUUCUGGAUUGCAGUUUCAAGAUCCAGUAUAGAGAAUUAUUACAGAACAAAAGUGCUCUGAGGGGAAGAUAGCUGUAGUUGUUGGGCAAAGAGUGGAAGGAAGAAAUUUUAGAAGAUAAAUCAAUUCUUGAGUGCUGUCUGUUGUAUUAGGCUAGAAACAUGAUCAUUGCCUAGGCCAAGCAGUGUCUAAUAUAUAUGGCCAUUACCAGGUGUUUCCUAGCUCUGGGUAAAGUUAUUUUUUUACCGUUGCCAAGCAAUCCAGUAAAUCUUAAGUAAUUUUUCUCACUUCAGAGACCAGUAUUUGAGAGUGCAGUCCUUCCUGUGCUGAUAAUUUACAACUCCAGCUGCACUGAAGUGCUCUACUUUCUUACAGGAAUGUGACUCAGAGCACCGACAGCCACGGUCAGGCAUGUGUCAUAGUCACUUCAUAUGGUAGCUAUACAUUUGUCCUGAAUGGUGAUCCAUUCCUUUCCAUCUAGUUUUCUUGUGACAAACCACAUUACUAUUGAAACAGUAGUCUAAAGCUAAGGAAAAGAAUGAAGCUACCUCUCAUACAUGGGAGUGGACUUGGAAGGCUGGCUGCCACCAGCUUAGUUGCUCAGACUUUAAAGUACAAAGAAAUGUAAAUAAAAAGCUAUGGUAAAAUAUGGAAGUUUUAUUUUGAGAGAUGUUUAUAAUUGAAUCUUUACUCUGGGUCUCCAGAUUAAUGAAAUCACAAGUAAUGAGAUUCCAUUUGUCUUGUGUCUUCUGUGGUUAGCAGAGGGGAUGGUCUAGCUCUAGUAGCAGCUUGAAAGCACAAUCUGAAAAUAACCGUGACAAGAGUGCUUGCAUUAGCUGUGUCAUAUUGGCCAAGGGUGCUUGGGAGAAAGGGAUUGGAUGCAGAAAUCAGUUGAAGUCAGUUGCCUUGGUUUGUGACUUCGUCCCAUAUCAGCCCUCCUCUUAGUAGACUUCUUUUAUCCAAUGGAAGAAUAAGGCCCUGAACAUAUAUAUGUGCUGCUUUUUUUUGGUGGGAGGGCUCUUGCAGGGGUUUGGGUGUUGUUUUGGUUCUUGGCUUCUAUCUGUUGAAUGCCAUUUGAAGACUGGUUGUUUCUUAAUUCUGUUUCUUGGUGUGACUGGCCGGGAAGAGGCCAUAAGAGUCUCCACCCCACCCCACCUCUCCUUUUUUAUCUCAUCC